AUGAUGGAGAGUAAGCUAGAUAUAGCCAACGGUUUCCACCAGCGUCCUAAAGAAGAUGUGCAGGCUUUUUGGAAAGAGGUUUGGAUUGACUGGAAGGGCUAUAUCAAACGCAAGCUAACUAGCAAUAAGAAGGAAAUGAUGAGCACAGGGGGAGGGCAAUGUCGUUUACAACGUAUAAGUCCACUUGAGGAGAAAAUUGUGCGCUUAACGGGGUUGGAAAGGAGUACAAGUGGAAUAAAGAAUACGUACGAUUGUGGCGAUAGCACACAAGACGCAGCUCGAACCUCCGAAAUGGACAUUUCGACACAUUCAGACGAU